AUGGCAAGUCGGGAGUUUGAUGCAGAUGCAGGAAGAGAGUGGGGAGGAGUGGGGGAGUGGAGGAUGAGGCGAGGCGCACGGCAGGAGGGAGUGCAUUGCUGCACGGCAGGAGGGAGUGCAUUGCUGCACGGCAGGAGGGAGUGCAUUGCUGCACGGCAGGAGGGAGUGCAUUGCUGCACGGCAGGAGGGAGUGCAUUGCUGCACGGCAGGAGGGAGUGCAUUGCUGCACGGCAGGAGGGAGUGCAUUGCUGCACGGCAGGAGGGAGUGCAUUGCUGCACGGCAGGAGGGAGUGCAUUGCUGCACGGCAGGAGGGAGUGCAUUGCUGCACGGCAGGAGGGAGUGCAUUGCUGCACGGCAGGAGGGAGUGCAUUGCUGCACGGCAGGAGGGAGUGCAUUGCUGCACGGCAGGAGGGAGUGCAUUGCUGCACGGCAGGAGGGAGUGCAUUGCUGCACGGCAGAGCAGUGGAGGAGCGAGCGGGCGACGCGAGUGGGCGCGGGCGCCAGGUGAGCACACAGUGCAGUGCACGGGGCAGACGGGUUGGAGUGGCAGCAACGCAGGCCGGGGAGCAAGUGGAGCAGUGGCAGUGGUGGCACAUGGAGCGCAGAGGGCGGAUAGCCUGGCGGCCACGUCAGCAAAGCUGCAGAGCAGACCGUCUGCAGGGAAGGCGUGCGGUGAUGGCAAUACUGUUGGCAGGGGGUGCGCGGAGGGGGGCGUAAAAGGGAAGGGGGAGAAUAUUUUCACAGAUAUAAGUUUUUUUUUUUCUAAAGACAAUGGCAGAGCGGGAAGGGAUACCUGGAAGAACAUGGUCACUGGGGAGAAAGGAGGGGUCUUAUGGGGGCGUACACUCUCCCUUCUCUCUCCUCUCAUCUCUGUUUCACCCCGGUCGUUCCUAUUUUCCCCUCGUUCCUCCUAUUGCCCUCUCAUUCCCCCCUUUUCCCUCUCACUCCCUCCAGUUUCUACCCUUGCGUUCUCUCCUUCCCACCCGCCGACCCACUCUCACCCACCCACGCUCACACCAUACCCAGCAGCAGCACUAGUAGUGGCAGCGGCAGGAAACCCAGCAACUACGGCGCUUGCAGCACGUGACGAAGACGCCUUUCCUCCUCUCAUUCUCCUUCCAUGCAAUCUCUCCCUCCCCCCUCCCCACUCAAAAAACACGCGCGGAUGCUGGGCGAUAGUGGUGAACGGAAUGGGCUGA